AGCCGGCAGGGGCGGCCGAGCUGGCAAAUGCUGCAGCUGCGGCUCAGCCCGCCCCGCUGCCCCGGGGCCGCCGCCUGCCCCAUGGCCGAGCCGGCCGCGGGCGAGGACACGGGCACCGGGCGAGCCUGGUUUCCGUGGCCGGGAGCCCCGUGACUGUGCUGGGCUCGGGCUGUGUCCGGGACAGGGAGCCGGCCCGAGCCACCGGAUCCAAGAGCUGCUGCCCUGAACCAGCCUGAGCCCGAGCCGCUGCUCCUGCUGGCCUUGGGCAAGCGCCAGGCUGAGCUGGAGAGCGAGAGCCGGAGCCAGCCCGGCCGUCAGGACCCUCCCGAUGUGCCACCACGUGCGGUCCCCCCGUUGUCCCCUUGGCUCAGGGCGAAUCCAUCCUUGACCCCCCAGCAGCUGAGCGCAGCCACGAUAAAAACAUCCGAGAGUUAAUGAGGGCGCUAAUUGACUUUAUCCCUGGCCGCUAAUCAGUGCCCAGCUCCGUGCCCCGCGCAGGGCUCGGAUCGAGCUCUCCGCAGCCCCGGGAACGCCGCUCCCGUCUCUCCAGGAGGAGCUCGGACUCUGCUCUUGCCAGCGCCGGGCUGGCGGCUGCCCGAGCCCUGCGCGGGGCUGUGAGCUGUUGGAGGGGUGAAAAGCCCCUCACGGUGUGAGAAGAAAGCCUGACACCCAGCUGGGACCUGGUCCCACGCUUCUCCAGGGCCCUGAGCUGAUGGGAGAGGGCAGAGCCCGAAACCCUUCCCUGUGCAGGGCAGAGCAAAGAAAUGCAGGACGUGGCUGUGAGACUUGAGAGCGCCCUCAGCCCGGGUGAAACGCUGUUGGCGGGGCGCUGAGAGGUGUUCAAUAAAAGCUCUUUGUCCUACAGAGGUGCUCGGCUCAUCCCCAAUCACCAUCGUGGUCACGUCCGAGGCUGACACCUGGGACAUUGACACCUCCUCCCUGGGCCUGGGCUGCGGGCCCUUCGUGGACUGGGACAAGAUGCCGGAGCCGGAGCAGCCGGCGCAGAUCCCGCAGGACGUCCUGGGCAGGCCCCCGAAGGAGCUGAAGAGGCUGGCGAGGGAAGGCUGCUGGGGCUGGAGCCACGCGGGCCGGGCCCGGCUCUACCCCCGGCUCAUCCAGCAGGUCUCCUGCCGCCUCGUCACCCCCGACGCGCUCGUCUACAGGGACGUGGCCGCCCGGCUCUUCGGGAAGCCCAGCGUGAGCUCCCACCCCCUGCCCGAGUUCCUGGAGGGCUGCCCCGUGCCCACCUACUGCCUCAGCCCGCGGGGGGUCACCGCCCUGAAGAAGAUCCUCAUCUGCGUGGGCGCCCUGUUCCCCGACAUCACCCACAGCCCCCUCCUGCCAGCCCUGGCCGCGCUGCUGCUGCACUACAGCGAGGACGAGGCCCAGUGCUUCGAGAGCAUCUCGCGCCUCAUCGCCAGCAACGCUCCCCACGCCGCCUACAUCGACCAGUCCUUCCUGGCCCACCAGGCCUCCUGCAUGACCUUCGGGGACCUGGCCAGCAAGCACUGCCCGGCAGCUCACAAGCUCAUCGCCGGCGCCGCCGAGAACGUCCUCGAGGUCUACUCGGAGUGGCUGUCGUGGCUCUUCCCCGGGCUGCCCUUCGGCUACGCCGUGCGCGUGCUGGACGUGUUCCUGCUGGAGGGCCAGAAGGUCCUGUACCGCAUCGCCCUGGCCCUGCUCAGGCACUUCAGGCUCUCGGUGGCCCCGGCCGGGCUGCAGGGCUCUGACAUCAAGGCAGAGCUGCAGGCUUUUGCCAGGAACAUCGCCGAGCACGUAACUGUGGACAAACUCCUGGAGAGAGCCUUUGGCAUCCGCCUCUUCUCCCGCAAGGAGAUCUGGCUUCUCCAGAUGGCCAACAGGAAGGCCUUGGUGGAGAGGGGCAUCACCGUGGUGCAGAGAAGGCCGUCCUUCCACCUGGCUGUGGACAUGCAGAACUUCAGCUCCAGCACCGUCACGGCGCAGGAGAUGCGCCUCGUCUGGUCCUGGAUCCCCGAGCGCUUCUCGCUCUUCCCCCCGCUGCUGCUCUUCUCCACCUCCGAGGACGGCUGCAGCCUGCAGAGGUUCUACACGUGCUGUGAGGGCUACGAACCCACGGUGCUGCUCAUCAAAACCACCGAGGGGGAGGUGUGUGGGGCGUUUCUCUCCUCCGACUGGAGCGAAAGGAAGAAGAGCGGAGCCACAUCGGGCUUUUUUGGGACAGGGGAGUGCUUUGUGUUCACUGUGCGCCCCGAGGCAGAGAGGUACGAGUGGGUGCUCAUCAAGAAGCCGGAGCUGGCCAAGGCCGUGCCGCGCUCCCGGCAGCGCUCGCCUUCCCCCGCUCCCGAAUCGCCGCUCGGCUCCUCCCGGGACAGCCCCAGCCCCAAGCACCUCGCCGUGCCCUCGCCGCAGAGGAGAGCCCGCCUGUCCCCGUUCCUGGCCAUCAGACACUUCCUCCUGCCCUCCAAAACUGCCUCCAUGUUCAUGGCCGGCUCCCGGGACGGGAUCGUCAUCGGCGGAGGGGGAGGCCAAGCCCUGUCCCUGGACGCCAGCCUGCUCUGGGGACACACGGAGCGCUGCGAGACCUUCGACAACCCCCCGCUGUGCCGGGAGCACUUCCAGGUGCAGCUCUUGGAAGUGUGGGGCUUUCGGAGCGCGUAGUUCCCUGCGGAGCCCCCGAGCGCCCCACGGGCACGGGGACCCCUCCCCGCGCUGGCCGCCCCCGGCCGGGCUGUGGCCGCCCGGGCAGCCCCGCUCUCCAUCGGGCCCUGGGCGGCCGGAGCGGGCCGGGCCCGCUCGGAGCGGCCUCGCGGUGCUGUGGGGAGAGGCCGAGGCCGUGCGGGGCCGGGACUGCGGCCGCUGCCCCCGGGGACAUCGCAGCGCCCGUCCCAGCUCGGGCCCGGCCCUCCCCACCCGCUCUGUCCCAGUUUGGGGUGCUGGAGGGCAGGGCAGCCGCUCUGCAGUUUCUCCCACCUCCCUGGCCUGUCUGCAGCGCGGGGCUCAGCAAACCGGGGUCGGCACGAUCAGGUCUUGUGGGAGUUCUGAGCCCAGGCCAAACCAAACACCGAGCUCCAGAGCUCACCAGAAACGCCCUCAGAUCCGCUUCCCCCAGGCCAGCACAGCCCUUCAAGCCAUCCACGGAGUUGUGCAGCCCCCGUGGGUACCCAGGACUGCCUGGGAUCCACCAGCACCGGGAGAGACUCCUCUUGUCCCCAGCUGGAAGUGCUGCCGCUGAUGGCAAAGCCCUGCCUGGAGUUUGUGGGAUCCCCGAGCUCCACCGAGCCUUUGCAGUGCUGAAAGGGAUCCUUUCUUCUUGCCCCUUACUCCAUUGCUGAAUAAAGUUCAAAACUCUUGGAGAAUUAAAGAAAAAA